AAGGUUAUGAGUGUUAUGAUUAGAGUAAGUUCUCCAGGUAUUAAUUUUCCCCUGUGCCACAUCCCCCCGGUGCUAACGAACCUCCUUCUCCAGGUGAACGGGCACGACGUGAGCGGGCUGAGCCACACUGAGGCGGUGCAGGUGUUCCAGGAGGCGGAGGAGCCCAUCCUGGUGCAGGUGUUGCGGCGCCCCCACAACAACAACACCCAGCAGCACCCGCCCUCGCCCCCCGCCCACGCCCACGCCCCGGGAAAGCAGGGGAGGAAGGGCGAGGAGGAGGAGGAGGAGGAGGCGCGGGAGGAGGAGGGGAGUGUGAGGGAUGGAGAUAGCAGCACAACGGGGACGCAGACGGAGAUUUCCCUGAUGGGCGUGAGCGAGUGGGAGGUGGCGGCGUCAGCGUGGGCGGCGGCAGCGGCGGGCGUGGGCGUUGGUGUGGGUGACGGGAGCGAUUCUGACUCCCCGGACGGCGACUACAUCUUCCCCGGCGAUCUCCCGCAGUCGAUCUCGCAGUACUUGGAGCAGGAGAUUGACCUUGAAGAGAUCAUCUUGGAACGCACCACGGAGAAUGAGAAACUCGGCCUCACCCUCUACUACAGCAACGCCCCCGCCCCCCCGCCCACGCACGUAGCGGAGCAGGACCCGGGGGCAGCAGAGGACGAGGGCGGGGGCGAUGGGGGGGCGGGGCAGCAGGCGUACAAGGGCGUGGUGACGGAGGUCCUCGUGUCCCAGAUUGAGCAGGGGACGGUGGCGAGCAGGGACGGCAGGCUGAGGAUAGGCGACCAGAUCUUGCAGAUCAAUGGUGUGGAGCUCACUACCAAGGCUCAGACCGAGGAGCUGUUUGCUGGCUGUGGCACGAGGGUCAGCCUGCUAGUCUCCCGCACCCAGUAUUACGACGAGGAUGACCUGGUGGAGGGCGAGGUGCUGGAGGACGUGGUGGAGGAGGAGGAGGAGGUGGAGCUGCUGGAGGCCAACUCGGAGUUCCUCACAAGCAGGUCCCCGGUGCUGUCCAUGCGCAGCAGCAACAGCGGCGACAGCAAAAAGGUCUCCCAGGAGGACUCGGCCCACGCCAGCACCACCCGCUCUUCCUCCUCCUCCACUUCCUCCUCCUGUGAACGGAAACCCACCAAGAGAGACUCCUCCACAUCCUCCACCUCCUCUAGAGGCUCACAGGUGCAGGUCGCUGGCGCCGGCACGAUGGAGCGGGAGAUGGCCGUAUUGGGGGAGAAGAUGGCAGAGCUGGCCCAGGAGUGCGAGGAGCUGGAAGCAGAGCGGCGGGGCGGCCCCAAGGAGGUGGAGGCCCCGUACAAGGUUCCUCUUGAAGUGCAGCAGAAGCAGCAGCAGCAGGCACUACAGCAACAAAAACGGUCUCCAGCCAAAGGGUCAGUCUCUGGGCGGCCGCCAGCCAGGCCGCCGCCGCCCCCUGGCUCAGAGUCGGAGCACAUCUACGAGUCCAUCCCAGACGUGAGCGAGUCUGACGAGCCCAUCUACUGUGUCCCGUAUGAACCCGGCGGUGGCGGCAGCGGCCGCCGCCGCACGCCAGGCCGCGCCAGCACCCAGCCCCGGCCCCAGGGCCACCAGAAGGCCCUGCAGCCCCAGCCGGCCCAGUCUGGCCGGGCAGGCCGGGGCAGCGGCACCAGCAGCAGCAGCGGCGGCAGUGUGCGUGAGCGGCGGGCGGCAGAGCGGAAACAGUCCGUGGAGAAGUGGAUGAGGGAGAACCCUCACCCUCGCUCCCCCCCUUCCACCAAGCCAUCACCAACCCCCCCGAAGCCCCAGGAGGAGCGGGACUCCUCCUCCGCCUACAACACCGGGGACUCCACCGGGAGCACCCACCAGCCCCCCACACUGGAACUGAGCCUCGGCCAGGACCCCGCCCUCAGGCAGUCCACCCUCACCCUCUGCCCGCCCACACACGACCAGUCACUCCAGGUGAGCCUUGAGUCGGACACAUACUCCGCCAUCUCCUGCGACAGCUGCCGCCGCUGCAUGAGGCUUCCGCCCCUCCAUGCGUCCCUCCCACAGAAGAGCAGCGGUGCGGGGCGGAGUCAGGACUCAGACCACGCCUCCACCGCCCCACCCCCCCAUCCCCCCACACACAAGCCCCCCGGUGCUCCCCCAGACACGGAGAGCAACAGGAAUUACGUGACCUUCCUGCCGGCCCAGACCAUGUACACCAACGCCGCUAAUCUGCAGCAGACCAUCUGGCUCCAGCAGCAGCUCUUCCGGCAGGCCCUCACCAGGGACACCAGCGCCCCCUCCACCCCCACCUCCACCCCACGCGGCCUGCCCCCCCGCGCCCCGCCAAGAGCCCACCAUGACCAGCCCGUCAAGAUGGAGUGGAAGGUGAAGCGUCGGCCUGAUGGCACUCGGUACAUCACGCAGCGUCCCGUCAGGAGCAAGAUUCUGAAGGAGCGUGCCAUCAAGAUCAACGAGGAGCGCGCCGGACUGACCACAGACGAUGAUGCCAUGUCCGAGAUGAAGCUUGGCCGCUACUGGAGUCGGGAGGAGCGCAAGCGUCACCUGGAGAAAGAGCGAGAGCGACGGCGGCGACAUGAGCUGCUGCGUCGCCAGCACCAACAGCAGCAGCCCCAGCCCCAGGCAGCACAGUCCCAGGCCCCUACAGCACACCUUCCCCCUGAGGAGCCCGUGCAGCCGCCCCCACGUCCCAGCACCCUCGAGAACGGCCUUCACCAGGCGCUCUGGCGGGACCACUCCAGCAGAAGGAAGACCUCGGCCACCCUGGACGCCUCCCACAGGAAAGUGUCGUCCUCCAGGAAGCGUGAGCCGGAGGAGCCGCCCUAUGGAGUGAGGACGCCCGUGGUGCCGCUCAACCCGCCCCCGCCGCCACACCAGGCCGGCCAGCAGCUGGUGAAAGGCCUCCUCUCCGUCACCACCGUCUGAGGGCACACCAAGACCUCGCGUCACACGAGUUACUUAUAAGUGAUACCGAUCGCUUCCUUCCUUUGGGUGACGCAGCCGCUGCACAGGUGCACUCUGACCCCUAAACACGAAGCACUUGCCAUGUGCGGCCUGGUCCGGUGACCCAAGGGGAGGAGGGACCCACAAUAGAUCAGAGCAUGUGACUACACCAGCAUCUCUCCUUGCUCACACUGUUUCUCUAACCUCAGAGUGAAGCAGGUUGUGGCAACACUCACUCGGUUCACUCUCGAGUGCAGCGCAAUCGUUGCCGCGCCGCCUGCACCCACUGGGCCUCCCACGUGCAUUGUUCAGAGACAUAAUCUGGCCCUGCAGAAGGAAAAAUUGCUGUUUUAUACAAACAAUUGACUGUCUCAUUGUGAUAAAAAUCCACAUGUUCACUUUGAUAAACAUGUAAAUACUGAGACACUUCCUUUGCCUACAAACACAGCUUCUAAAUUCAUCUGAGAAGAAUUUUCAGUCUUCAGCUUCACCGGACAAUCAUUGAACCUUCAGGCCACUUGCUUUGGCACUCACUGUAUCCUGCACAGUUCUUGAACAAAUUUGUAGUACUAAACAUUUUCAUAGUAAACAUGACUAUAAAACAAAGUUUUGCUUUUAAAGGAAUGUAAUAAUAUCAUUUUAAUCUUAUCAAAUUUUUUUUUAAAUUCUGAGACUGAAAUAUAUCCUUGAGCAAAGUUUAUGCAAGACUCUCCACACCCACGCCCUCACCGCCAGUGUCCAGCGGCAGCCUCAUGGUUUAGGGCUGAGCCUGUUCCCAGGACACAAGCUUUCCUGGCUUAGCGUGCGAGUUCCCUAUGGAGGACUUGCUAUUCACUACGGAGACCUUGCUAUUCACUGCAUUGAGUAGACCAUCUUCGUGUGUGUGCGUGUGUGUGUUGGCGCUUCAGUAGUCACAGCGAUGCCCAGCCGUUGCUCUCCCUCCCUGGCCGAGGUCUUGUGUGUAUCCCCACCCUGAGGCUGAUGGUGACCGCUACCCUCGGGCACCCCUGGAGGCAUAAUGAAUGACAGCUGAUCUACCAAAAACUCCAAACUCCCUCCCUCGCCCUCCUCCACCCGGCACCCCAGCUGUUAACGUUAGCUCUAUAGUGCAACCUAGUUCUCUUCAUAAGUUUCUUGUAAAUAAGUGGUUUGUACAGGAGAGAAUGGAGCAGUGUGUCAUAAAGAGAAUGGUUUGUGCAUCCUUUGUAAACAGGUUGAGGCUCCUAAUUUGCACCUGUUGUGAAGCGAUGCUCCAGACAGAGGCUGCACUCACCUCCGAUGCUGAGUGAUGCUAGGAACAGACUGCAGCCACUCGCUCACUCCCGGCAGCUGAGUGAAGGGAUAGAUGAAGCAUGCUUGCCCCUUCACUGUGGAGGGGCAGAGCAGCAAAGGCAGGCAAAGUCCUCUUCUUCCUUCUGCAGCGUGAUAGAAGGCAGCGUUCUCACCCCUGCUUGCCUGGAGUGGCCACCGGCAACACCCUGGAAAGAUAAGAGUGUGUACAGGGUGUGCUGCCCACCUGUGAGCACCUCUGCACGCAGCACGUGUCAGGAGAAACACUGCUUUGGAAUAUUGACCUUCAGCUUGAAUAUAAAGUUUGAAUAUAAAGUAUCAAAAUGAUCAUUUAUUUGCACAAUAUUUUCUAUAACCACUCAAAAUGACUCAAGUUUUUCCCUGACACAUGCACUACUGUAAAGGGUGCCUAAGAGGUGGUAGACCAAGCCAUGCCCACAUGACCCAGGCAGGGCGGUGGGUGGACAGGCAGGCAGAAAGACGCAGCAUUUCCCAGCCAGUGCAUGGGUGCCAGUGUUCCUGGGCCGGCACCCAAUAGUUACCAUGAGACACAGCCACCCUCACACCCUCCAGCCCACAAACGCUGCCACUCCCAUGCACUCGCUGCCCAGACCAGAGACACAGAACAGUCUCUGGCAGCCCUGUGAGCAUUACACUCUUGGCUCGGCUCCACCAGCAAGUUUUGUACAUAACACUGAAUGCUGCUCACUCAACUCGUCCACACGUGUGCACCAUCAUAUAUGUAUGUGCACACACACACACACACACACACACACACACACACACACACACACACACACAGUCUAGCAGAGGAGAUGGUGUUUGCAGACAACAUACAGAGCUUUAAAAACAAAUAAAGAAAUGUAUAGAAAAAUUUAUCAGGAGGCUGAAUAUAACUUGUAUAGCUCAUCCCUGUUAAGAAAAUAUAAGACUACACACACACACACACACACACACACACACACUGUUUUAUACUUGGUGUUUACAUGUGUAAUAAAAGCAAAAAAAUCAACAUGUCAGUGAAUCAAGUCUACACACACAUUGGAGGCGCCGCCGUGUCCCUCCAAGCGCUGGUCGGGUUUUGUAUCUUCAGGAUUUUGUCUGUGCCGCGCGCAUCAAAAGCGUCAUUCAUCCGACUUUCUGUGGCUUCAAAGCAUUGAGCACAGUUGUGUUUCCUACAUAGCUCUUCUUUUUGUUGUUGUUGUUGUUCCUGCAAGGCUGAGGGUGUGCUGGCCAGUCCAUGUGCACCACACCACUCCAGUUACCUAUCACAACCGGGGGAAAUAUAACUUUGAAAAUGGUGGACUUACAAAUCUGCUUCUGCACUGCACUUACCAUCCCUUGUCUGGCAUUCACAACAUGACUCCAGACCGAAGGACCAGUAAAUGUCGUGCUGCUCCAUACACUGAAGCAGCCACCCUGACAGUCCCCUUGUGAACUGUGGCAGGAGAAUGAAGCUCGGCCAUGGUGAAGGUUGACAUGCAUUCUUGACUCUUGGCAGUACAGGAUUUCCUUCAUAAACCUCAACUCAAGUUUUCCAGAGUGCCACCAUAUCAACAACAAUUUGCACUUAAAAAUAAUUAUACAAAAUUGAUCCCCUUGAAGCUGCCUUCAGGAAAUAAUGGAAAAAAAUUUACCCCGCUCUUAAAAAUAAUUGCAAAAAGUUGAUCCCCUAAAUUUACCGUUAAAAAAAAAUACGGUUAAAAUUUGAUCCCCUAAAUUUGCCCUUCAGAAAAUAACUAAAAAGUCAACCCCCAAAUUUGCCCACCAGAAAAUAAUGGUAAAAAAAUGACCCCUUACAUUUCCCCUUCAGAAAAAAAAAUCAUAAAAAGCAGACUUCUAAAUACGCCCUUCAGAAAAUGAGUAAAAAGUCGACCCCUGAAUCUCCCCUUGGGGAAGUAAUGAAGAGCCCUGCCUACCCACACACGGCCACGGCAGGUCCCUGGGUGAGCAAGGUAACUGGAGCGGAGGGCACGGACUGGCCACCACAGCCCAGUCCGCUCCGUCAGGCCACUGUGUUCGCCGAGGCAGCAGCCGCCCCACGCCAGCGGCCGCCACACCACUAGUCUCCCUCUCUUCCCUCCCUUGGUGAUUUUAAAAAUUUAUGCAUACUCUAUAUUGAUGUAUAUUUGUGUAUAGGAACAAAAAAGCUUUAUAUUGAAUAUGGCAGUUUAAGAAUAUGUUAUGCUUGAAAGUAAAUCAUUGAUAUUUA